AGAUGGUACGAUAGAAUGAGAAUCCCCGUGGGAGAGAGUAGAGAGAGUGUGUGGACUCUGGAAGGGUAAUUUGGGCAUAUAAAAGUUUAAGAGCAUAGAAACUUAGAAAGGAGAAGGAAGAAGAAGAAAGAGUGAGUGGCAUGGGGGAGGAAGAGGAAGAGGAAGAAUGCAUAUCUGCUUCCAACACAUUCCUCAAUGCUCUAUAAUCAUUAUCCAAUCAACAAUGCUCUUCCUCUUCCUCUUCCUUCUAAUUCUCCCCAUUUCCUCCACCAUCAUCCUCCAAGCCAACACCACUCUGCAAAGCCCCAACAACACCUUCCAAUUGGGCCUCUUCACCUUCUCCCCAUCCCCAUCCCCAGGCCCAUCCAACUACUACCUCGCCAUCCGCCACACUUCCCUCCCCACCCCAAACACAAUCUGGGUCGCCAACCGCCGCACCCCCGCCCCGACCCAAUCCCUCUCCUCCCUCCAUCUCACCGCCACCGGCCAACUCCUCCUAACCCACAACAACACCACCCUAUGGUCCACCCCCAAUCACACCCCGCCUCUCACCCUCAAGCUUCUGGACUCCGGGAACCUACUCCUCCUCACCGCCGACGGCGUCGUUUCAUGGCAGAGCUUCGACUCCCCCACCGAUACCUGGCUCCCCGGCAUCAACCUCACACGCUUCAACUCCCUCACCUCCUGGCGCACCCCAAACGACCCCUCCCCAGGCCCCUACUCCCUCCGCCUCAAACCACCCACCUACGGUCAGUUCGAGCUUCUCUUCAACGACACCGUUUCAUACUGGUCCACCGGAAACUGGACCAACGGCCGGUUCCUCAACGUCCCAGAAAUGACCAUCCCCUACCUCUACUCCUUCCACUUCGCCUACCCCUUCUCCCCCCAAGCCUCCUUCGGCUUCUCCGAGCAGCUCUCCGACGCCGGCCUCCGCCCCCCCACCAUGUUCCGCCUCGAGCCCUUCGGCCAAAUCCGCCAGUACACGUGGAACGACCAGACUGGGUCCUGGAACAUGUUCUGGGCCCGACCCGACCCGCUCUGCCAGGUUCGGGGGCUCUGCGGGAGGUUUGGGCUCUGCAUUGGGCAACCCUCCAGGCUCUGUGACUGCCUCCCCGGGUUUCAGCCUCGGGAUAACGGAAGCUGGGCUUCCGGUGAUUACACGAGUGGCUGUUACCGUGCGGACGCCGAGUGUGGGAAAAAGGAUGGCUUUCGAGAUCUGGGUGUUGUGGGGUUUGGAUAUGGGAAUGUGAGUUUGGUUAAGGGGAAAUCUAGACGCUUUUGCGAGCGGGAGUGUUUGGGCUCUUGUGGCUGUGUUGGCUUGGCUUUUGAUCGAGUGAGUGGGAUUUGUAAGAAUUUUUAUGGGUGGCUGUCGGAUUUUCAGAAUUUGAGUUCUUCUUCGGGGGAGCUUUUGUACGUUAGGGUUCCUGGGUCUCGGAGGGGGUUGGAUAGGAGGGUGUUGAGUGGGGUUGUGGUUGGGUCGGUUGCGGUUUUGGGGGUGGUGGUGGUGACGUUGUUGGUGUUUGUGAAGAGGUGUGGGAAGAGGGGGGUGGAGGAGGAGGAAGAUGGGUUUGUGCCUGUGUUGAAUUUGAAGGUGUUUUCUUACAAGGAGCUUCAGUUGGCCACUCGCGGGUUCUCGGAGAAAGUUGGGCAUGGAGGGUUUGGGACGGUGUUUCAAGGGGAGUUGAGCGACUCUUCGGUUGUGGCGGUGAAGAGGUUGGAGAGGCCGGGGGGUGGGGAGAAGGAGUUCAGGGCUGAGGUGUCCACCAUUGGGAAUAUUCAGCAUGUGAAUCUUGUGAGGCUCAGAGGGUUUUGCUCUGAGAAUUCUCAUAGGCUUUUGGUUUAUGAGUUCAUGCAGAAUGGGGCUCUUAGUGUUUAUUUGAGGAAAGAGGGGCCUAGUUUGAGUUGGGAGGUUAGGUUUAGGGUGGCAGUUGGGACGGCUAAGGGGAUUGCUUAUUUACAUGAGGAGUGUAGGUGUUGCAUCAUACACUGUGAUAUCAAGCCUGAGAACAUCCUUUUGGAUGCUGAUUUUACUGCCAAGGUUUCAGAUUUCGGGUUGGCCAAGCUCAUUGGGAGGGACUUCAGUAGGGUGUUGGCCACCAUGAGGGGUACGUGGGGGUAUGUUGCGCCAGAGUGGAUUUCCGGUGUGGCAAUUACCACAAAGGCGGAUGUUUACAGCUAUGGAAUGACACUGCUGGAGCUGAUUGGCGGUCGGCGGAAUGUGGAGGCGCCACCGUCUGCCGGAGGGGGAGAGAGUGGUGGUGAGACGGGAGGGAAGUGGUUCUUCCCACCAUGGGCGGCACAACGCAUAAUCGAGGGCAAUGUAGGUGAAGUGGUUGAUAAUAGGCUUGGGGAUGUAUAUAACAUGGAGGAGGUUAGGAGGGUUGCUUUGGUGGCGGUGUGGUGCAUUCAAGAUGACGAGGCAAUGAGGCCUACUAUGGGUAUGGUGGUGAAGAUGUUGGAGGGGUUGGUGGAGGUGAGUGUUCCUCCACCGCCCAAGUUGCUUCAAGCGCUGGUUACUGGGGAUUCCUUUCAUGGGGUCAAGGCUGAUUCUGGCAAUGGGGUGUCUACUGGUGGCAGCUUAUCUGAUGGCAACUUGGAAGUGUCAACUGCUGAUUCUGAAUCAUAUACAGGGAAUGUUUUUUCCCCCUUGGAUGAGAAUGUCAAUGUCAGUGUUCGAUAACAAAGUUCUGGUAUUGUCCAGAAUAUUAUAGAAUUGUAAUUUAGUACCCCAUUCUCUCCCUUUUUUUCUCUCCAAGGAGAGGGAUGAGGAAAGACAGGAACAUUUGAUGUGGAUGUAAAUUACUUGCCUUUAGGAUGUUGGAACUUGGAAGAGUGGUUUGCCGAGCAUCUAAUUUCAAGUUUUAUUCUUUCAAGUCUGUAUGUGUAUAUAUAUUCUGCAUUUGAUCACUUUUAAGAAGAGAGUAGAAUGUAGCAGUAUCAAAACGAAUUUAUGUUUAACAUGUAAUGUAAUUAAGACAAAAGCAAUCAAUGGUAAUGAUUCAA